AGUCCGAUAGUCGGCAAGUUGUGGACUUGUUUAGUGUUUACGGUUCACUUUGGUUUUGCUUCUAAUUUCUAUGUACAAGAGAUAUUUUUGUACUCAAGUCUUAAUCGUCAAUAAUUCAAUAAUUAAUUCAAGUCAAAUCGUGCUCCUUGAUCAUCAAUAAAAUGGCAACUAUUGUGCAGUCGUUGUUAAAAAGUUCACCCGUUUGUCGCCUAUUCACAUCUCAAGUUAGAAAUAAAGCGACACUUCCGCCGCUUAAAUUUGAAUAUAAAGAUUUGGAGCCAACUAUAUCGAGGGAAAUCAUGGAAAUUCACCAUCAAAAACAUCAUAAUACUUAUGUGGUAAACUACAACAACACAGUGGAAAAAUUGGAAGCUGCAACAUCGAAAGGAGACAUUGCUACAAUCAUAAACCUCAGCCCUGCGCUUAAAUUCAAUGGCGGGGGACAUAUAAAUCAUUCCAUAUUUUGGGAAACUCUUUCACCUUGCUCCACUAAGCCAUCAGGUGAUUUUGAAAAAGCAAUAGUCCAAAGUUUUGGUUCGUUCGACGAGUUUAAAAAACAAUUGUCCACCGCUUCGGUUGCUGUUCAAGGUUCAGGAUGGGGUUGGCUUGGAUACAACUCUACCACUAAACAAUUGGUCGUUACAUCUUGCCCAAAUCAAGAUCCGUUACUUCCCACUACAGGACUUUAUCCUGUUUUUGGUAUUGAUGUCUGGGAACACGCCUACUAUUUACAGUAUAAAAAUGUACGUGCCGAUUAUGUGAAUGCAAUUUUCGACGUUGUGAAUUGGGAAGCUGUGUCUAAACGUUUCGCAGAUGCUUCGAGCUCAAAAUAAUAAUAAUUAUAUGUUUAAUCAUAGAUAUUAAUGUUUAUACUCGUUUUUUUAAAAAAUAUUUUAGUCAUAAAUUAUAACUAUAGUUCUUAAAAAAGUCUUAAUAAAUAUAAAAAAAUGCUUGAA